AUGGCCGCAAGAUAUUUGCUGCUUUUUGCCGUUUUGGCUGUAAUUCAUAAUUGCUGGGCGGCGGAAUGUGAAGCUGGAUGGGUGAAUUUUGAAGGGACGUCGAGGUGCUAUAAGAUUCUCCGCGCCCAAAAACAAAUUGGUGGCGAAAAAGACUGUACAGCGCUUGGCGGCCAUUUAGCGUCAAUUAACACCGCAGCUGAAAACAAAUUUAUCACCGGUCUCGUGAAUAAAACGGGGGACCCCAAGGCGAAGCUCUACCUCGGUGGGAUCAAGAAGACGACGAGUCCGGCGAACUCGAACGCGUUCUACUGCAUGCAGAUUUUGGCAACCGGCUUUUGGCGGCCGUGGUGGUGUGAGAGUGAGGUGGAAAGUGUAUGCGAAAGGGAGAUGGACUAUAGGGUACCCAAGUUCCAUACCCCGGCCUGCGACGAUGGCUGGCAACCGUGGGAUCGAAGCGGGGCUUGUUACAAACUAACCAAAAAACUCAACAACUCGGCAGCCGAAAAAGAGUGCCAGAAGAUGGGGGGCAAUCUAACGUCCAUUCUGUCGCCAAUGGAAAAUGAAUACAUUAUUGAAUUCGUUCAGCUGUUCCCGUGGGCCAACGACACCUUUUGGAUUGGCGGGAAAAGGGAUAAGUCUGGAAAUUACCAAUGGCCAGGCGGGGAUGCGAUCAAGCUUUCUUCUGGGAAUUGCAUAAAGGUAGCCUCCAAAACCUACGAUUGGACGAUUCAUCGCCGCAAGAUCCGGAAGAACCGCCUAGUCCGGAAGGAGAGUACAACGGCUGCGAGAAGGGCUGGCAACCCGCCGACGGAUCCAAGAGUUGCUUCAUGUUCCUUCACAACC